AUGCGCCUGUACGAGCGCCUCGCCGCCGCCGCUCGCUCCAACCUCCCGAUCCCCGACAAGGGCCAGAAGGUCGUCGGCGGCGGCGGCGGUGCCGGCGACCCCGAGCCGCUCGCGCAACCUGUCGGCGACGAUGAGCAGCUGUCGCCCGUGCUCGUCGUGACGCGCGACGACGCCGAGCGCGGCGACGAGUCGGUGCAGGACCUCCUCAACCGCCUCGACGAGCGCGGCUGGUUCUCCAACUCGUCGUCGACGUCCGCCGACCUUGAGGCCGUCGCCGAGCCCGAGCACAAGCAGAAGAUCCCCAAGAUCAUCCACGCGACGUGGAAGACCGACACGGUGCCCGUCCGCUGGGCCGAGGUCCGCCAGGGCUGCAUCGACCUGCACCCCGACUACGAGUUCAAGCUGUGGUCGGACGCGGCGUCGCGGGCGUUCAUCGCCGAGCACUACCCGUGGUUCCUCUCGACGUUCGACGGCUACACGUACCCGAUCCAGCGCGCCGACGUCAUCCGGUACUUUGUCCUGCACCAUUUCGGCGGCAUCUACAUGGACCUCGACAUCGGCUGUCGGCGCAACCUCGACCCGUUCCUGUACUUUGACGUGAUCCUGCCCGCGACCAUCCCUGUCGGCGUCUCGAACGACCUCAUGUUCGCCGAGCGCGGCCACCCGUUCAUGGACCUCGUCAUCCACAACCUCAUCACGUUCGACCACUCGUACGGGACCAACUACCCGACCGUCAUGUUCUCGACCGGCCCCAUGUUCGUCUCGGCCGUGUACGGCAUGUGGCCCAAGGAUGUCGACGAGGGCGUCGAGCGCCAGGUGCGCAUCCUCCCGCGCAGGUGGUACGGCAAGAACGCGCCCGUCAACGAGAUGCACGAGUCGUACUUUGACCACUUUUACGGCUCGAGCUGGCACGCCGACGACGCCGGCUUCAUCACGUUCCUCGGCAAGUUCGGCAUCGCGCUCAUGUACGUCGGCCUCGGCAUCGUCGUCCUCGGC